AUGCUGGCAGCGGCCUUGGAGGAGUACACUGAAGAUCAGGUCCGCAUCGGAAGCCUCAACAUCCUCCAGAAUGAAGAUGAGACGCUGAAAGGACUGCUCGAUGAGUUCAGCUCAGUGUACAAAAGCGAACCGAGAGCGAAACUUUCUUGCUUCUACGAAACAGGUCAAGCAAAUCCAGAGAAGAUCGUUGGAGGCAAAGAGAGAUAUGCCAUCGUUGUCACUGAGAGCUCGGGCUGUCUCGACUUCGCCGAUAGGUGUUCGAUAUCGCGCAACCACUUCAACAUCAACAAGUUUGCCAAACCGACAGAGGACGAUUUCGAGAACGUCAGUGAUGCAUUGACAGAGAUUAUCGAGCACUCGAGUAAGCAAAUGCUUGAAUAUCCAAUGGUCUAA